AUGCUGGCCGAGGCGACGGAGGCGCUGCCGCACGCGAUCAUCGUCGCGGACAUGCACGCCCCCGGCGCGCGCAUCGUCGCCGCCAACGAGGCCUUUGCCCAGCUCACCGGCCACGCGCGCGAGGACGUCAUCGGCCGCAACUGCCGCUUCAUGCAGGGCCCGCAGACCGAGCAGGAUGCCGUGCGGCGCGUCGUAGAGAGCGUGCGCUGCGCGCGGCAGGGGCAGGUCGAGCUGACCAACUACAAGGCGGACGGCACGGCCUUCCGCAACUUGCUGUCGCUGCAGCCGGUGCACGACUCGAACGGCGUGUACCGCUACAGCAUCGGCGUGCUGAGCGACGCCGCCACGCUCGACGAGGGCGGGCGCGAGGAGGUUGAGCGGCUGCGGCGCUUGCUGCCCACCCAGCACUACUUUGGCUCAAGUGUCGUGCCGCCGCGGCCGCUAGUUGUUGAGACGCUCAUGCGCGAAUCCGAGGCAAUGCACCAAAAGUUGGUUUCCAAUGAUGCGCGCGAGGGCCGCGGCGUGCGCUUCGGGGGUUGGGCCAAUAUUCCUUCUGACGUUGCGGAAUGGCACGCGAGCAUGACUGCAGGCGCUGACGGCUGUCCCUUCGGCGUAAGCAUCUCUGACCCGAAGCAGCCCGGCAAUCCAUUGGUCUACAUCAAUGCUGCCUUCACCAAAAUGACUGGGUACCGCGGAGACGAGGCUCUGGGCCGAAACUGCCGCUUCCUGCAAGGUCCCGACUCCGAGACGGGGGCUGUUGAAGUGAUCAAGGAGAGCGUGCGGCAGGCAAGCAGAUGCUGUGUGCGCAUCACAAACUAUCGGAAGAGCGGAGGGGUAUUCCAAAACCUGCUUGUGAUUCAACCCGUACUCGACUCGACUGGCGAACUCUGCGCCUGCGUCGGACUUCAACUCGAGCUCGACAGCAAGCUGGCCUGUGAAGCCUUCCACAAUUCUUUUUGA